AUGCUCACUCCCCUCUUCGCCAGCGGCCUCGUCGUGCUGCUCGAUGAGGCCGCGCCUUCCACCAUCCGCGCUGGCCGCGUGCACGUCGAGCGUGGCUUUGCGCCGCCGCGGCUUGUGCAGGACCUGCGUCACGACGUCGACUGCCUCACGACAGCGGGCCUCUUCGAGCGCGCCUUCUCUGGAGGCACGAGCAGCGGCGACGACGCCUUCCGCAAUGCCGAGAUGUGCGACCCUGUCGGCCGCGACCGGUCGGUUGGGCUCUGGGAUGCCUUUUACGCAGUGUGGGAGCGGCUCGACCUGGUCCGGCAGGAGCUGAGCGCCGCCCUCGGCCGCGAGAUGUCCACCGAGAUGGAGCUACACUAUGUCAGAUACCCAGUCGGCGGCUACUACCGACGACACGUCGAUGAGGACCUCGACGCCAACCCGCGUGCCCUCACCCGAGCAAUCUCUUUCAUCUGCUACUUGAACAAGCCCGGCUGGUGCGCAGCGGACGGCGGAGAGCUGCGCAGCUACCCGCCUGGAGAGCCGCCGAGCGAUGUGCUGCCCGAGAGUGGCACGCUAGUGGUCUUUGACUCUGCGCGAGUGGAGCACGAGGUGCAGCCCACCGGCAAGGAGCGGCUGGCGCUCGUCGGCUGGUUCCACGCUCCGGCAGCCGACCCGGGGCAGGCGGACGUGUUCGACGAGCCCGCCUCGCUGCCGGCCGAGGACCCGCUGUGGGAAAUGUCCCAGUCAUGA